UCAAGAGUAUAAUUCGUAAAAAAAAUAAAAGAUACCUUGCAGUAACAGAUACAGAAUUACGAGAACUUAUUCGUCAAGAUCUAGUAGUUGAUGAAAUUCACGAACUCGAAAACCAAUGCGAUAAUCUAAGAGAAAAAGCAUAUCAUGCUUUAAUGAAAGAACUCUUUGAUAUGAAGGCAUUUCGUGAAUUAUUUAUUCAAGAUAGUGAGGGUAAAAAAGGAUGGUUAAGCUGUGGAUCAGGUGUGACAUUGCGUUAG